AUGUUUUCAGCAGAUGUUUUAAGUCAAACCAUCAAGGAUAAAGACAAAGAAAUGACUAUAUUAGAUAUUGGAGGUGGAUAUGGAACAUUGUCAUUGUAUGCAUAUGAUAAAUAUAAGAAUGCAAAGUUUAUCUCUAGUGACUUUUCACCUUCAAUGAUUCAAGUUUUAGAUAAAUUCAUUAACGAGUUAGAAAUCAGUAACUUUGAAAGCAAAGUAAUGGAUGGUCAAAAUUUAGAGCAAAUCAAAGAUUCAUCAAUAGACUAUACAUUCUCAACCUUUGGUCUAAUUUAUUUCCCAGAUAUACUUCAAGGUAUGAAAGAGAUGUUUCGUGUUUUAAAACCGGGUGGUAAAACUGGUAUUGCUUCAUGGUGUACAGAUGCAUUUUUACCAGCUGCAUUCCAACAAACUAUGAAUGCACUUUUGGGCAAUAGUGUUUCAAAUCAAGCAGUUCUUUCACUCUCUGAUAAACAAGUUUUUGAAAAUAAAUUAAAAGAAGCGGGCUUUGUCAAUAUAGAGAUCAAUAGGGUACAACAUCCAAUGGAGGUUCAAGAGAUUUCAGAUUUGCUCAAACACACCUCAAUCAAUCCAGUUUAUCAAGAUUGUAUCAAUGCUCUUCCAGAAGAUAAAAAGCUAAUUUUUAAUGAAACAUUUAUGAAUGUCUCAAAUAAAUUGCUUUGUGAUCAAACCAGAAACCAAAAUGGAAAAUUAGAAUUACCAUCAUAUUCUUACAUUGCCACAGGUCAAAAACCACUCUAA